UUUUUCCCCCACCAACAAACUUUUUGAGCCAUGCAGAACGGUCUGCGCCCAAGAAAAGGAAAUAAGGUUGAGACCAAAGAGGCUUCCCAGCAAUCAGAGAGUCAGGAAAUGGAAGGAGGAGCUUCAGCAGCAGCAGCUGAAGCCACUGAUGAGGAGGAGCCCAGAGAGCCAACUCUGCAUGAUAUUGCUGGGAUUCUUCGGGCUUUCAUGGGACAACAGGAAGUUCGGGAGAAAAAGCAGAGAGAAGUUUCUGCACAACAAGAACAGCGCUUUAGGAGUUUGCAACACCAGUUUCGGCUUUUGCAGAUGGAAAUACAGGCCAGGACAACCCCGCCCCCUGAGCCCACAUCAACUGAUCCACCACCUGUUACAACUCAAAUUGAUCAGAUUCAAGCAACAUCUCAACCUGAGGAUUCAGCUUUCAGCUCAACAGGUCAGUCUGUGCACCUUCCUCAUCCUAAAUUGGAAAAAUUGACUGCUGAAGAUGAUGUUGAGCACUUUCUGACCACGUUUGAGAGAAUUGCAGCUGCUUAUCGUUGGCCACAAUCGGACUGGGUUUUCCAUCUCAUUCCUCUUCUGACGGGUAAGGCUCGCUGUGCCUAUGUUAACAUGGAUGUGGAUGAUUCCCUGGAAUAUGGAAAGGUUUGGAUCAAGGAGCACAAUCCGAAGUCUGCUAAGUAG